AUGGCACCAGCACAAGACUCUGGGAGCUCUCUUGUCCUCUCACAGAUUCAGCAUGCUAUCUCAGGAUACCCGUUCCAGCUGAUCUUUGUACUUAUUCUUUUCCGACUUGUGUGGAAUAAAUUCCAACGACAUCUGGUGGGCAUCCCUGGACCUGCUGUGGCGGCUUACACCAAAUUUUGGCGACUGUACGAUGUAUGGAAAGGAGAGGCCCACCUGACUGCCAUCUCGAUCCAUCGAAAAUAUGGGCCUGUUGUUCGAAUUGCUCCCAACCAUGUCUCGAUCGCUGAUCCCAGCUUCAUCCCAGUGAUUUACAAUAUCAAGGAGAACUAUACCAAGUCGGCUUUCUACCCCAUUCAAUGCAUCUCGUGGAAGAAGCGUCCGGAAAUGAACCUGUUCUCUACUAGAGAUCCAAAUUACCAUAGGACGGAGAAGAGGAAGGUUGGCGCUGCAUAUAGUCUGCCCAAUCUUCUGGAGUCUGAGGCAGCCAUUGAUUCGUGUAUUGAUCUCUUCAUGAGUCAACUUGACGGAUACGAGAGGGAUCAAAAGCCGGUCGAUCUGGGUGCUUGGCUCCAAUACUUUGCUUUCGACGUAGUUGGAGAGGUCACGUUCUCUAGCAAACUUGGAUUUCUGGAGCAGGGCAAAGACGUUGACGGGAUGAUGAAAGCCAUAGAGGGAAUGCUGACCUACGCAGCCUUGUGUGGCCAAGUUCCCGAAUACCACAAAUUUCUCCUUGGGAACCCCCUCUUCUCAAUGCUGAUGCCGGCGAUGGAGACGUGGAAUCAAGUCCUCAUGUUCACGUUGAAAGCAAUCAAUGGUCGAGCCUCCAUCAAGCGGGACGGAGAAUUGAUCAAUGCAGAUUCCGAAGGGCGUGAUAUGCUUUCACGAUGGGCUUAUGUCAAGUCUUCAGACCCGCUCAAGAUGAGUACUCGAGACAUUAUUGUCCAUCUCUCGACAAAUGUCUUUGCUGGAAGUGACACAACAGCCAUAGCCCUCCGUGCCGUCAUAUACUACCUUUGCCGCAACACUCAGUGCAUGAAAACUGUGGUGGAUGAGAUCGAUCAGGCUGCCGAACAAGGAAAACUCAGCUCGCCUAUCACCUACAAAGAGUCAACAACGUUCCUACCAUACUUCAACGCUGUCUUGAAGGAAGCAAUGCGAAUUCAUCCAUCGGUAGGCCUGCUCAUGGAGCGGCAUGUGCCAGCUGAAGGUGUCGAAAUCGCUGGUCAUUUUAUUCCGGGCGGCACCAUUGUGGGCAUCAAUCCAUGGGUGACGAAUCGAGACGAAACCAUUUUCCAUGAUCCAGACGAGUUCAAACCAGAGAGAUGGCUGAACGCUUCGGAAUCUCAAUUGAAACAGAUGGACAACAUCUUGGAACUGAACUUUGGAGGUGGAAGCAGAAAGUGUAUUGGUAGGAACAUCAGCAUGAUUGAGAUGCAGAAAGUCAUUCCGCAGCUUCUACGAUUGUACAGCGUGGAGUUGACGUAUCCCGAGCGAGAAUGGCAGAUCUGUAAUCACUGGUUUGUCCAGCAAGAUGGAUUGAUUUGUACAUUGAGGAAACGAAGUCACAUGUGA